GUUCUGUAUAGUCCGUACCGAGAACUUGUACGAGCAAGAGGCUGCGCCAGCAACAACAUCGCCAUACCCUUCUAGUUUGAAAGUUUUUUAUCGUUGAGGAUGACUAGAGUGAAAAUGUGAAACGAUGUGAUUGAUUCAGAUGUGCGAAUAACUAUUCUAUCAUUUUUAACGAAUUUUUUGUUAAUUGUCGAUGGUUUAUUUUGAUGCGAUCCCGUAUAUCGGUUCUCUUGCAAUCAAAGUGAAUGGGGAAUAGUGAAUGUCAUUCAAAUUCAGUCACUGCCAAUCAGAGUUGUAACUUAUACUCCUUGAGAAAUAAAAUGAAAGUUGCUGUAAUAAGUAUAUAGCAAUAACUUUGCAAAAUCAGUGGUGAAUUAAUGCACGUAUAUGCAAAUGUAUACGCAGUGAGUUGAAUUAUAUUUAAAACCUGUUUCAUCGUAAACCAUAAAUCAGGACAACAGCAUGUCGGAUUCAAUUUCGAAAAGUCCACCAACACACGGCACGAUGAACGGUACCGCACCGGCAAUUAUUCCAAAUUUGGUUCCAAACAAGGAUAAGGACGUGGAACGCGGCGAGAUCGAGGAUCCGUCGGGACGGGGAGCCGAGGCCAACGAAGGUGGCGGGAUAAUCCCCCCUCCAGGGGCGCCCGACUCACGUGUCCGCGAGUUGGGGGGCCGACGGAGCACAGUUCUGCGUCUGCUGGGUCGCCUGGCGCUAGCCACGAUGAUAGCAGCGAUCCUGAUCGUGCUCUCGGCAGCGGUAUGGAUGUUCAUGGGGCCGAUGUUCCUGCUUCAGCUCUUCCUCGUCGCCGUUGUCGCCUACUUCGCGUCCGGAGGAAGGCUCAGGUGGUUCUACGUCGCCGUAAGAACACUGCCGAGGGAUAUCACGGCAGUUUUGAGAUACAUAACUUUACUGUGGUCAAUCCGAUCACACGAGAAGAAGAAUCGAUGCGUCGCAGAUAUCUUCGCGCAAUACGUGACGAAACAUCCGAACAAAACUUGCUUCAUUUACGAAGAUCAAGAAUGGACCUUCCAGCAGAUUGAGGAUUUCAGUAAUAAAGUAGCGACGGUGUUCAAGACGCAUGGAUAUCACAAAGGAGACGCCGUUGCUCUGUUUUUGGAAAAUCGGCCGGAGUUCGUUGGAAUUUGGCUAGGGUUGAGCAAACUCGGUGUUAUAGUACCGUUGAUAAAUACUAAUCUCCGAAAAGCAUCGCUUCUCCACAGCAUCAACGUUGCCAAUUGCCAAGCGAUAAUAUACGGCGCUGAUUUAGGCGACGCCGUUAAAGAUAUAUCUUCGUCUAUAAACGCGAAGACAGCGUUGUACAGAUUUUCGGAAACGACAAAUUCACCUUCUAAUGGACUGAAGGAAAAAGAUCUUACCGCUAUUCUCGUUGAUGCCCCGACCACACCGCCUGUAAUCAAAGACAAGGGCGGAUACAGUGAUAAACUCCUUUAUAUUUACACUAGCGGUACAACCGGCCUGCCAAAAGCUGCCGUGAUCACAAACUCCAGGUACUUAUUCAUCGCUAGCGGUAUCCACUAUGUCGCAGGUUUUCGAAACAGUGAUAGAUUUUACACUCCACUACCAUUGUACCACACGGCUGGCGGUAUCAUGUCGAUAGGUCAAGCUUUACUACACGGUUCAACGGUUGUGAUUAGGAAAAAGUUUUCGGCCAGCUCGUAUUUUACCGAUUGUGCUAAAUACCAGUGUACUAUAGCUCAAUAUAUUGGGGAAAUGUGUCGCUAUGUACUGGCAGUACCGCCAAAACCAGAAGACAAGCAACACAAUGUUCGAAUGAUUUUUGGUAAUGGGCUGAGGCCGCAAAUUUGGAGUGAUUUCGUUAAUCGUUUCAAAAUAGCAAAAGUUGCCGAAUUUUACGGAGCUACCGAAGGAAAUGCUAACAUUGUAAACAUCGACAACACCGUUGGAGCUAUCGGUUUCGUCUCAAGAAUCAUUCCAGCAGUGUAUCCGAUUUCUAUAAUUAAGGUAGAUGCAAAUGGCGAGCCAAUCAGGAAUUCUAAGGGACUUUGUAUGACCUGCGAGCCAAAUGAACCUGGCGUUUUCAUCGGUAAAAUCAUGCCGAAUAAUCCAACAAGAGCAUUCCUGGGUUACGUCGACUCUAAGGCAUCCAAAAGCAAAAUCGUUCAUGAUGUCUUCGCCAAGGGUGAUUCUGCCUUCAUUUCUGGUGACAUCUUGGUAGCCGAUGAGUUGGGAUACCUGUUCUUUAAAGAUCGCACCGGUGAUACAUACAGAUGGAAAGGUGAAAAUGUAUCGACAUCAGAAGUCGAGGCGAUUGUCAGCAACCUUGCUAAUUACAAGGAUUGCGUCGUUUACGGUGUUGAGAUUCAAGGAGCUGAAGGAAGGGCUGGAAUGGCAGCUAUUUACGACCCAGAUGACACACUAAACCUAGAGCAGCUAGUGUUGGGGAUGAAAGAGCAACUGCCAACAUAUGCUAGACCUCAAUUCAUCAGAGCUUUGAGAAAGAUUGAUAUGACUGGUACAUUCAAAAUAAAGAAGAAAGAUCUGCAGAACGAAGGUUACGAUCCAACUAAGAUUCAGGACAAAUUAUAUUACUUGGAUCCAAAGUCUGGCUACAACGUUUUAACACCUGAAGCGUUUGAACAGAUACAACAAGGCAAGAUUCGUUUGUAAAUAGAAAAACGUUGGCAUAAAUCAAUUGUCUAGGAGCAGUAAGAAUGCUAUUUUAUUUGAACCGCGUGAGAAGCCGACGUGCAAUAUAAACACGGGUAAAAAAACAACUUUCAAGUACCCUAACUAAAAUAUGAGAAGAAUGUGUUGUAAAAGAUGAAAGGGAAAAAAGUGAUAAUGAUUUGAAGCCUCGGUGAUCUGAUUUAAGGCAGUCGACAAUUUUUUUUUUCACUGCCGGAAGUGUAGCAUAAUACCUAUACGGAUUUGUCACAUGUGUUUAAACGCGCAUAAUUUUUUCCUCAUAUUUAUUUAUUUUUUAUCCCCAUGUGUGUUGUUUUUACCUACAUACCUGAUUCAUUUUUUUUCAAUUGGAUAAAGCUAUGAUAAUAAUAUAGCCUGAUUGAAUAAAUAAUUAAAUGUAAUAAUUGAUUAACUAAAACGGUGAAAUACUCUAUACGGCGGUAAACGUCAGGGUUGUGAUUUGUAACCGGUUAUUUUUUUACGGAUAUUACAUGUAACGCACAAUGAAGAAUUCCGAAUUGCAUUGUUGUUGACAUAUGAAUGAUUGAGGUAACUCAAAACGCAAUGUAUUGCUACGACUGACUUGAACGGUGUCAAUGUAAAUGAAAGAUUGAUGAAAAAAAAAUAUAUACAUAUAAGGAAAAAAAUGACAACAUUCAAUCUUAAUAAAGUGAAAUUGUAUAGAUUUACCGAAUGUAAAGUAUCGAUGCAACAUCUACAGAAUUCUUGUAUUACUUGUUAAUACGGCUCUGGAUGACCCGGCUGCAUCGAUUUAGAACUUAACUAUACGCUCGCGCUUCAAUCAUACAAUAACAAAUUUCGUGUACACGAGGUUUGUAAAGACGGAAACUUGACCUUACAAAUAGAUCAUGUGUACCAUGCUCUGAAGUCAUAAUCUGUAUAGAGAUGAAUUUUGUUUUAUAUUAUAAUUCUAUAGCCCGAGAUAUAACGCAACUCUAGCUUACGACUAAAGAAUAAAGGAGACAUCACCGUUAUCAUCCCAACCAUUUCAUGAGGUGUAUGUUUUUAUAAUAUUGCCACUAAAAUUUAGCAAAGAUUGUUACUUGUUAUUUUUUUAGAAUAAAAAAAUGUUCAUUAUUUUCUAAA